UCUCCUCAUAAAUACCUUGCGAGGACAGUGGUGACAGGUUACUGCCUUCAGACCGCACCAGUGAACCCUCUCUGAUUUCCACCCUAACAACAUUAGCGUGAAAUGGAUUAAAGCAUACCAAGAUAGAACUCCUCCAGAGCGACAAAUGGAGAACACACAGGAUGGAACCCUAGGGGACUGGUUCAAGAUCACAGUCCCUUAUGGGAUAAAGUAUGACAAGACAUGGCUAAUGAAUUCAAUCCAGAGUCAUUGCAGUGUCCCCUUCACUCCAGUGGACUUUCACUAUGUUAAACACUUGGCCCAGUUCUUUGUCCAGGAUGCUAGUGCUGCCUCUGCAUUGAAGGAUGUCAGCUACAAGAUUUGUGAUGAGCAGAACCAAAAGAUACCUAUCUUUGUCAAUACUUCUGCUGUACCCUACUCUGUGUGCAAUAAAUUGGAGCCAGAAAAAAUGGAGCAGCUAAAGCUGACCAUAAGCAAACGAUAUGAUGUCUCCCAGAAAGCUCUUGACCUUCAUAAGAUUCGCUUUGACCCAGACUUACUGGGCCAUGGUAUUAUUAUAGUCCUUAAUCGAAGAAACUGCAUGACUGCCAUCCUGGAGAUCAUCAAAAAGAAUUUCCCUGAGCUUUUAUCCUUGAACUUGUGCAAGAACAAACUGUACAAGCUGGAUUGCGUGUCUGAAAUUACACAGGUGGCCCCCAGAGUCAACAUCCUGAACCUCUCCAAAAAUGAGCUAAAGUCAGCCUGUGAGUUGGACAAGAUAAAAGGGCUGAAGCUUGAAGAACUGUGGCUGAAAGGGAACCCCUUGUGUGACACCUUCCCAGACCAGCCCACUUACAUAAGUGUCAUCAGGAAAUGUUUCCCCAACUUGUUACGCUUGGAUGGCGAGGAUUUACCCCCACCAACUGUAAUUGACAUUGUAGACAUGGACAUAAUAAAACCCUGUAAGGAAAGCUAUAAAGGACCUGAGACCCUGAAGAAUCUAGUCUCUCAAUUCCUGCUUCAGUAUUACUUGAUUUAUGAUUCUGAAGACCGACGAAGUCUCCUCAGUGCUUACCAUGAGGAGGCCUGCUUCUCCCUGACUGUUCUCUUCAACUCUGAAGACCCAGCUUUAAGCAGCUUGUGUGAGUACUUAAAGGAUAACAGGAAUAUGAAAAAAGUCAAGGAUCCUGACCUGCGGGUUCAGCUACUGAAGCGUACAAAUCAUGACAUUGUGAGCACCCUCUGCGUGUUGCCCAAAACUCAGCAUGACCUUAACUCCUAUGUGAUAGAUCUGUGCGUCCACACGGAAAUGAUGCUCUGUUUUUCUGUCAGUGGAGUUUUCAAGGAAGUGGAAGGAAACUCUCAAGGGCCUGUCUAUGCCUUCACCCGGACCUUCAUCUUGUCUUCUGGCAGCGAUUCCAGUCUGUGCAUCGUGAAUGAUAUAUUGACUGUGGGGAAUGCCGGCACAAAAGAAAUCCAGACUGCGUUCUCCAUUCCAGUACCUACGCCCACCUUUGGCUCCCUGCCCACCCUCUCCACAGAGCAGCAGGAAAUGGUGCAGGCUUUCUCCACCCAGUCUGGGAUAAGCCUCCAGUGGUCUCAGAAGUGA